CACUUACUUACGUCGGACGUAAAACACUGCCCCCCCCUGGACUGAGCUGUCGUGCUUUUAGAGAUUACCCCAGUCUGUGAGAUUACCAGGAAGUGUCGUUUUAGUUCUUGAAGUUGCACGUUGUGUGUGUGUGUGUGUGUGUGCAGACAUGUCAGGCUGCAGGCUGAUGAGAGCCAUCAGAGUGAGUGAGUUUGGAGCUCCGUCGGUGCUGAAGCUCUGCUCAGAUGUGACUGUCCCUCAUCCGGGACACAGGCAGGUUCUGAUCCGUGUCCAGGCCUGUGGAGUCAAUCCUGUUGAGACGUAUGUCCGGUCUGGGACGUACUCCCGUAAACCUGCGCUGCCGUACACACCGGGCUCAGAUGUGGCUGGAGUGGUGGAGACUGUAGGAGAAGGAGUCAGUGCUCUGAAGGCGGGCGACCGUGUGUUCACCACCGCCACAGAGUCUGGAGGUUACGCAGAGUACGCUGUAGCAGCUGAGCAGUGUGUGCACAAACUGCCCGAUGCUUUAGACUUCACACAGGGUGCAGCCAUAGGGAUCCCUUACUUCACUGCUUACAGAGCUCUGGUGCACAAAGCCCACGCUAAGGCUGGAGAGACCGUCCUGGUCCAUGGAGCCAGUGGAGGGGUUGGUGUGGCAGCUUGCCAGCUGUCAGGCGCUCUGGGUCUGAAGGUGUUGGGUACUGCGGGGACACCAGAGGGAAUGAAGGUGGUCCUCAACAACGGAGCUCACCUGGCCUUUAAUCACAGAGAAGAGGGCUACACAGACAAGAUCAUGGAGGCCACAGAGGGCAGGGGCAUAGAUGUGAUUGUGGAGAUGCUGGCAAAUGUCAACCUGAGUAAAGACCUCCAGAUGCUGGCCCAUGGGGGUCGUGUUACGAUCGUUGGCUCCAGAGGACCAAUAGAGAUCAACCCCAGAGACACCAUGAUAAAAGAGAGCAGUGUAACUGGAGUGGCCCUCUUCUUCGCUACACCGGAGGAGACGAAGCAGUGUGCAGCGCUGCUCUAUGCAGGGAUGGAAGCUGGUUGGCUGAAUCCGGUCGUCGGCUCCAAGUACCCGCUCGACAAAGCCGCCCAGGCUCACCACGACAUCAUCGAGUCACCCGGGGCUGCUGGGAAGAUGGUUCUGAUGAUAUGAUCCUGUCACAUGUUACCAUGUCAGGUGUUGAUCCUCAUAAAGCACGAGACCCCUCUGGACCUGUCAGAGCAAACCAUGGUUAUCAUUAAAUAUCAGAAAUGACCUUUAAACUCUUUUAACACCUGAUUAAACCUUUAUAAUCAUCACUGCCAAUAUACAAAACAUGAACAAGAAUAUACAAAGUAUAUACAAUCUCAAGUUAUCAUUGAUGACUGCUACCUUGAAGAACUUAGGCUGUAAUGUUCUUCACUGAUUCUGAUUGGUUCUCUGCUAUCUUUGUUAGUUAUGGACGUUUCCAUGUUCAUCGUAGACGUUCAUGAGAGUCUGACUUUGGUAAGUCUCGAAGUAGGUUGGGCCAUCCAGAAGGACUUUUAAAAGUAAUAUCAUCCGUCGUAACUUUUAGUGCUGUAAUGACAUAACAAUAAAAAUCCAAAUAAAGUCUGAGCAGGUAGUGGGAAUUGUUGUUUUUUUUCAAUCAGCCUGCUGCUUCUGUACACAUGGCUGAUAAUGUUUUGGACCACAAACACAAAAUAAAAAAGGCUACAGAGA